AUGAAACAUAAUUUUAGAAUCAGUUCGUUAUACUUACUCAACAUGUUCAGUUACGCGGCCUAUUUCUUGUGCACUUUUGUUUUCUACGGUCACUACAGCGUUUUUGCUGAAAUCGAUAUUUUUCAGCGUCCUAUAACUCCAUCGUACGAUCCACUUAAAGAACUUGACGAAAUUUGUCUUGUCGACGUAGUACCAAUUCUUGGGAACAUUGUAGAACAACAGAAGAUGGGGAACACUGCUAACUCACGGAUUUUCAACGAAACGCAGGGAGUUCUGGACAGGAUUGAAGGAUACCAAGAAGUCAUUCAGAAACAAUUAAAAGCGCGUCAGGUCAAAAUGGAAAGUUAUUUCAUGGAGCUGCAUGCCAAUGUGGAGCUAAAGGCCAAAAAAUUAUCGUUAGAAAAAGCGUUACAAAAGGCACGGAAUGCUCUUCAAUGUUCUCUGGAUACGAGAAAUGUUUUGUCAAAGGGAUCACUCCAUCCAGCAUUUGAGAAAGUGGGUUCAAGGUACUUUUACAUCGAAAGGCAUGUCAAACAAAAUUGGUUCGAUGCAGCAAGAAAGUGUCGCGAGAUGGGUGGUCACUUGGCGUCGCCAAAAGACGAGGAUGAACUGCACCUUAUCAGUCAAAAACUGGAGACCGAGUCGUAUUGGAUCGAUGUAUCCGAUCUCACCGAUCAAGGCCAAUACAUCUCGUUGGUCUCCGGGAGCAAAGCACCAUUUUUGAAAUGGAACAAAGGCCAGCCAAAAAAGGAUAACGCGCAAUGCGUUUGUAUAAAAGGCGGACUAUAUCAGACAUAUGAAUGUGACGACCGAGUUUUGUUCAUUUGCCAAGCUAACCAGAAUACAGAAAAUGAAGAAGACAAAAAGAAAAAGGAAUGGGAAAAGAAAAAGGAAGAGGAAAGAAAAAGAGAAGAAGAAAGAAGAAAGGAAGAGGAAAGGAAAAGAGAAGAAGAAAGAAGAAAGGAAGAGGAAAGAAGAAAAGAAGCGGAAAGAAGAAAAGAAGAGGAAAAAAGAAAGAAAGAGGAAAAAAGAAAGGAAGAGGAAAGGAGAAAAGAAGAGGAAAGGAGAAAAGAAGAGGAAAGGAAAAGAGAAGAAGAAAGAAGAAAGGAAGAGGAAAGAAGAAAAGAAGAGGAAAGAAGAAAAGAAGAGGAAAAAAGAAAGGAAGAGGAAAGAAGAAAAGAAGAGGAAAAAAGAAAGGAAGAGGAAAAAAGAAAGGAAGAGGAAAAGAGAAAAGAAGAGAUACGGAGAAAAGAAGAGGAAAGGAAAAGAGAAGAAGAAAGAAGAAAGGAAGAAAAGAAAAAAAGAAGAGAAGAGCAGAGAAGAAAAGAAGAGGAAAGAAGAAAAGAAGAGGAAAGAAAAGAAAAGGAAAGGAGAGAAGAAGAAAGAAGAGAAGAAGAAGAAAGAAUAAAAGAGGAAGAAAUAAGAAGAAAAGAGGAAGAAGAAGAGAGAAGAAAAGAAAGAAGAAGACAAGAGGCAAGAAGAAAAGAAGAGCAAAGAAAAAGGGAAGAAGAAAGGCGAAAAGAAGAAGAAAAAAGAAGAGAAGAAGAAAGAAGAGACGAAGAAGAAAGAAUAAAAGAGGAAGAAAGAAGAAGAAAAGAGGAAGAAGAAGAGAGAAGAAAAGAAAGAAGAAGACAAGAGACAAGAAGAAAAGAAGAGCAAAGAAGAAGGGAAGAAGAAAAAAGAAAAGAAGAAGAAAGAAGGAGAGAAGAAGAAAGAAGAGAAGAAGAAGAAAGAAGAAGAGAGGAAGAAGAAGAAAAAAGAAAAGAAAAAAGGAGACAAGAGGCAAGAAGAAAAGAAGAGGAAAGAAGACAAGAAGAGAGAAGAAGAAAAGAAGAGGAAAUAAGAAGGGAAGAGGAGAGAAGAAGAAAAGAGGAAGAUGAUGAAAGAAGAAAAGAAGAGGAAAGAAGAGAAAAAGAAAGAAGGAGGCAAGAAGAGGAAAGAAGAGAAAGAGAAAGGAGGCAAGAAGAGGAAAGAAGAGAAAGAGAAAGGAGGCAAGAAGAGGAAAGAAGAGAAAGAGAAAGGAGGCAAGAAGAGGAAAGAAGAGAAAGAGAAAGGAGGCAAGAAGAGGAAAAAAAGAGGGAAGAGGAAAGACAAAAAAAAGAAAAGGAGAAAAAAAAGAAAGAGGAAGAGGAGAGACAGAAAGAAGAUGAGAAAAAAAAGAUAGAAGAAGAAAAGGAAAAGAAUAAGACGGAAAAGUGUUGGGUUACUAAAAAAGGUACGAAGAAGUGUAAAAUAUGUUUGACAACCAAGAAGGGUAAGAGAAAGUGUCAGAUAUGUUGGAUACAUGAAAACGGGGAAAGAAAAUGUAAAUCAUCCAAGAAAAAGAAGAAAGAUAGUUAUGACGAUAAUAAUUCUUAUAAUUAUGGAAGUUAUGGCAAACAACUUAAAUGGAGUCUAGGCUGGUGGUAUUUGUAUUGGUGGUAUGAAUAAGGGCAGCAAUAUUAUUCUGUUAAAUAUAUAAAAGGCCAGGGUGAAAAUUAAAAUAUUUUACUGUUUUGAUGGGCUUACGAAUAGUUGUAUAAGUAUAAAAUGUGCAAUGCCAAUCGCAAUAACAAUUUGUUAAUUAAAAAUUACAACGUAAUUAUAAA